AUACUCCAGAUUCGUAGUCCGCGGCACAUAAAUUUCAAGUUGAACAAAUUUUUUUUAGCAGUCUCGAUAGAUAGAUAGAUCGAUAGAUAUAAAUAUAUUUUCAACUUUGAAAGAGCAUUGCUAGAACAUCAGCCAUGGAACUAUUGUCAAAUACUUUAAAUAUGAAAAGGCUCGAUAAUGUAGAACUUUUUUCGGAGGCAGCGUUGUUGGCUUACCUCAGUGACAAUGAAUUUGGAAAAGAUGCAUUAAAAUUUACAAGUGGAGUGAAAGUUCUUCACGAAAUAUACAAGCGAUUUACUGAGAAGGAUACAAUUAUUGAAGCUCUCAGAGGUGACACUAUUCAAAAAAUUGCAGCAUAUGUGAAAAAGAAUCCAAGAGCAAGCAGUGAUGAACAGGCCAAAGUGAUUAAGAAACAUUUAGAUGAUUUUGCUGUAAAAGUCGCUCUUAUAACUGGCGAAUGUUAAUAUUCUUCCACCUGUGUUUUUUGGCCUACCUUCCGAUCAAGUUGUUAAGCAGACUAAAUUGCUAUUGUCUUGCUUUAUUUUGAAGCGCUGCACAUGACGGUGCAUAGUGACAUAAUUCAAACGCAAGUUUAGCGUAAUAAUUUCUUUUGUAUAUAUUAAUAAUAUUUUUGUUUAUAUUAAAGUUGUUUGUGUAUUUAAAUACAUUCUAUGGUAUACUCGACUCAAA